GACGAGGUGAGGAAGUCAGACCGGACGGCAUGACCGGGGCGAGCGCGCUGGUCUUCACUGCACUGCUCCUGCUGGGGGCCACCACACAGGCCAGGGAAUCCACGGUCACAUGUUACGUGUCUGAGGAGUGUGUGUUACCGUGCAGCUUCCAGCCGGAUGGCGAGGGCGUCCAGCUCAUGUGGUACAAGCCCGGAGAGGCUCUGGUGAGCUGCACGCGCCACGGGGUGCUGGAGUCGCCCCGCCACGGGACACCGGACGAGGCCUACAGAGGACGGACGUCACUGCGCCCGGACGACGAGGUCCUCCGAGGCAACGGGUCGCUCUGUCUGAGAAACACCACCGUCAAGGACCAGGGGAGAUACAAGUGCUGCCCGUACACCGCCUCCAACAGAGACCUGUCCAGUUAUGUCACCGUUGUGGUGAAAGCUCCGGUCACUGACGUGCACAUCCAGCUGGCCGGGGAAACGGUCACCUGCGCGUCCACGGGGAUCUACCCAGCACCCAAGCUCACCUGGUCCACCGUCCCCCCGUCCGUCCCGACCCACAACACCUCCACCAAAGUCCAGUUAAACCACCGGGGGCUGUAUGACAUCACCAGCUCUCAGAGGAUGAUGGGAAAUGAAACAGGCGUGGCCUACCUGUGCUCAGUCACCAGCGAUAGCGGAGCCAGAACGGCCAUGUUGAAACAGCAAGAAGCUGUCCAUGCCUCUGGCAGCGGCGCUGUGUCGAUACCCUGCAGCGCUCUGGCGGCUCACCUGACUCAGAGCUUCAGCCUCACCUGGACGUUCGACCAUCAGCGGCCCAUCGUGCGUUUCAGCUCGGCCGAGCCCCAGCCUCGGGUGCAGGAUCAGUGGAGGGAGCAGGUGAAGGGUCUGUCGGUGUCAGGCGGCCUGCAGCUGCACAGAUUGACAGCUGAACACCGAGGCGUGUACAGCUGCCGAGUCGACGCCGGAGGAGACGAAUACACAGCCUUCAGCCGGCUGGAGGUUACAGCAGAUGGACAUGAUCCUCACAUCCAAACCAUCACCAUCGUUGCUGUGGUAGUUCUUGUGUUGUUGCUGGCAUCUGCAGUCGGAGCAAUUUACUUAAGAGGGAAACAGAGUCUGCAGCAGGAGAACAGGAGGCAACUCCUAUGCAUAACUGACACUACAAAAUAAAAGCCUGACACUUUUACAGACUGGGUCAUGCUCAGUAAUCAUCAGGUAAUCAUUUUUUUUCCACCCAAAAGGCCGAAUUGACAGAUGAUUUCACAGAUCGCCUCAGUAUUGAUCCUGAUAUGAAUGUGUGUCAGUAUUGAUCCUGAUCGGCUUGGCUACAACAGGUAUCAAUGGGGCAAUCGUAAAUGGCUUUGAAAAACUGAGUUAAGGCUGCUUUUCUGAAAAGAGAAGCUCUAAAAAAAAAAGGUUCGCAAAUGAUCAUUAAAUCAAUAGAACUGCUUCGUUUGGACCAGAACUACUUUACUUCACAAACCAAGCACUACCUUUCAAACUGUAACCUUCCACGCUUCAGCUUGGCAGGGUCUAGCUGCAGCCUCCCGAGCAGAAACAGCAAAAGAAAAAGUCCCAAAAGAAUCUCACUGCCUAAGACCAUGACUCCUGACAAAAUGAUCAGUUUGUGAUCAGGAGCCUGAAGCACAUCGAUAUCAGGAUCAAUACCGCAGCACAUCAAUAUCAGGAUCAAUACCGCAGCACAUUGAUAUCAGGAUCAAUACUGCAGCACAUCGAUAUCAGGAUCAAUACUGCAGCACAUCGAUAUCAGGAUCAAUACUGCAGCGACCAGUGAGAUGAUGAUGCUCUCUAAAUCUGAGGAUGAUGCCAGAUAAUGUGUAAAUUAUAGGGCCUAGUUUCCAAAAAUAGCGAACUGGCCCUUUAAACUGAUAUCAAGAGCUAAUGGAAGAUGAUGGCUUGUACUGGGACGGUUUUCUGUCUAGUGGAUGCUGCCAUUUUGUUUAAUAUUUUUCAUUAUUUACUCAUUUAUUCUGUGGAUCUAAGUCAUGUGUGUUGUUUUGUCACUUUUUAUUUUUUAUUUCUUGCUGAAAUAAAAGUUAAAUGCUUCAUUAAUGGCAACACAGAACUCACAACCCUCAGCGUGGUGUUCAGGAGCCUGUGGGAAAAUCCAACAUCUGGACCUUGCGAGGCAGCUGCUAAACUGUGUGACUUUUUAUUUUGUUUUUUUUUGUUUUUUUGUUUGUUUGUUUUUUUUAAAUCAGAAACUUGGAAUGUAAGCGAUCAAUAAGCAAGAAUGAUUUUGUUUGUUUGUUUGUGACUUUUUGUGUCCUGUCCGUUAGAAAGGGUUAUUCCCAUUUGAAGAUAUAUAUUAAAAAAAACUGAAUAAUCUAAUAAUGAACUCGGACAUGCUUCUUGUCUGGGAGCCAUGCAGGCAUGAUGUUUGUUUGUUUGAUUGUUUGUUUACAUCAAGCUGUAACUUAUAUGACAUGUGAGGUUUAUUUUUUUGUGAUUCCAUAUUUCUCCAGAGCUCUCUGAGUCUGAUUUGUUCAUAUUUUGUCCACAAUUUUAAUAAACUUGGAGU